GUUUCCGUUGGACAACGAGUGUUUUCGGGUUUCUAAAGGCAAAAGAAACGGUUAUAUAUGAAUAUAGCGAAUGGGUUUAGACAUGUAAUCGAAGAAAGAGGGUUUGGGGAUUGCGAUUGUGAUUUGUGAGAGAAAAAGCAAGAAAUGGAGAGGCAAAGCCAAACGGCGGCGGUAUCAUCGUCAGCAAUGGAGGCGUUCGAGAAGUUGGAGAAGGUCGGGGAAGGAACGUACGGAAAGGUGUACAGAGCAAGAGAGAGAGCGACUGGGAAGAUUGUUGCCCUCAAGAAGACUCGUCUUCACGAGGACGACGAAGGCGUUCCUCCCACCACUCUCCGUGAGGUCUCCAUCUUGCGCAUGCUCUCCAGAGAUCCCCAUGUUGUCAGGUUGAUGGAUGUGAAACAAGGGCAGAACAAAGAGGGAAAGACGGUUCUUUACUUGGUCUUUGAGUACAUGGACACUGAUCUCAAGAAAUACAUCCGCUCCUUUCGCCAAUCUGGAGACAACAUUCCCGUUAACACUGUCAAGAGCUUGAUGUACCAACUUUGCAAAGGUGUUGCCUUCUGCCACGGCCAUGGCGUUUUACACAGGGACCUUAAGCCUCACAAUCUCCUCAUGGAUAGAAAGACCAUGACGCUUAAAAUAGCUGAUCUUGGCCUUGCCCGGGCUUUUACUCUUCCCAUCAAGAAGUACACUCACGAGAUAUUGACCCUAUGGUACAGAGCACCUGAAGUCCUUUUGGGGGCUACUCAUUACUCAACCGCUGUGGAUAUGUGGUCUGUCGCCUGUAUAUUUGCCGAGCUGGUCACCAAACAAGCCCUGUUCCCUGGAGAUUCUGAGCUGCAGCAGCUCCUUCAUAUUUUCAGGUUGUUGGGUACUCCAAAUGAACAAGUGUGGCCAGGAGUCAGCUUGCUGCCAAACUGGCAUGAUUACCCCCAGUGGAGCCCUCAGGGGCUGUCAUCAGCUGUUCCUAAUUUGGAUGAUGAUGGGCUUCAUCUCUUAUCGCAAAUGUUGCAAUAUGAUCCCUCAAAGCGCAUUUCUGCCAAGAAAGCCAUGGAACACCCUUACUUUGCCGAUCUCGACAAAGCCCAUCUUUGAGCAGCACAGAGGUGGUCGUUGCCCAAUUAGAUCCGCUUGCAGGAGUUCA